CUUCCAUCUAAUAUCUUUCAGCAACUCACCGCUGAUCACAGCAAUACAGCCUUCAUCUCCGUCUUGAACAUUUUUACAUCUUCGCGUUCGCGCCAAUUACAAUGCUCUUCAAGACCUUUAUCGCCUCCACCUUUGCUGCAGUUUCCGUUCUUGGGGCUCCUCCGGACUCCCUCGAAUCUCGUCAAGCAGUCAACUACUUUACCCCUUCGGCACUCUGGAAGUAUAACGUCCGCAACGGUGCAAUCGCCCGCACUACCCAGGGAGUGGUUUCCAAAGCCGACUAUAACCAUGGAAACGAUUUCACUGCCCUUUUAACCUUUACCUAUCCUAGAGCAGCCGAGGGCAAGAAGUGUCAAUUCGCAUUUGUCCUCGAUAACACGGCCCAGCUGCGCGGAAGCAAAAAGCUUGACGUCUUCACAAGCAAUAGCCCCGCUCCAGGACCUACCAGUGGCUGGGGCCCUGGAAAUCAGCGCAAUAUCCAUCUUGGCCGCCUCUCUGCUAAAAGAGGAGCUACUGCCACCUGGGAUGCUACCUACAACGCCUAUCUCACCAAGAAAACACCAUGCAAGGCCGCUGGAACCCAGGAGGGAUUCGAGUUGGUCGGUGUUUACGACAAUGACUAUAUUUCUUGGAACCCUAGAUUUGCUGGCCCUCGCAUCAUCUACACUCGCUAAUGGGUUUCUGUGAUAUUUAUGUCGGAAAUAUUUCUAUGUGUUGCAUUACCUUUGAGUUCACUCUUUAUUAGCAAGAAGGCAGAUAUUGGGGUUUGAUACAUCAGAUUGUUCAGGAUGUUUCUAUGUGUUGCAUCACCUUCGUUUGAGUCCAAAGCAGCCUAUUUAUUGGCCAUACCGCACAUAUUGGGGUUUGAUACUUCGGAUUGUUCAGUUCUUAGUUUGCGAGUUAUCUCAGUGUAUAUUCUUACGAAUCACAAUCAUUGUACAUUUUGAGUAGUGCUGUCCUUCAUUCCAUACCGUGGUUGUCUCGUGAUUUUUUCACACUAAUUCAUUCAAGCCUCUCGGCUUCCCGACUCGCCUCCGUUAUACUCUCU